UUCGGCAUUCGCGAUAGAAGAAGGAACUGCGUGUGGAGAACUUUCUGCUUUUAUAUUGCUCUUAUAUUAAAAUAUCCUGGUAAUAUUACCGUACGCUUGAGUUAACAUAUUAACGAUAUAGUUGUCAGUGAGCUUAGCGCUGAGAGAAAAUGGGCGACACGGUGUCGGAACAGGAGACUAUUUCACUAAUUAUUAAAACGCCCAACCAGACUCAUGGGGAUCAGUUGGUUGAGGAUGUAGACAUCAACUGGACUGUAAAGGAGCUGAAAACGUAUUUGACGAGCAUAUAUCCAUCCAGACCGGCAGAAAAAGAUCAGAGACUUAUCUACUUUGGCAAGAUGCUCCUAGACCACAUGCACCUAAGAGAUGUUAUAACACAGACUGAUACUGUACCCACUUUACAUCUGGUGUGUGCCUUUAAACCACAGCCUGGUUCUAUGCAGGAAGACAGAUGCAAGGUCAGACCGGCAGAGCAGCAGCCCUCUACAGCUCAGGCUCGACUCCACAGCACAGACACCAUCAGUCCAGGGCCACCUGUGCCUACCGUGCCCUCAAAUGCUGGCCUCAGACAGCGGGUUAGAUCUGCCCCUGCUACUCCUGCUGCUCCAUGGCCUGGCACAAAUGCAGGCACAAACAGAACCUUGCCAAACCAAGCAGCAAUGACCCAUCCCACCUUCCCAACAUACUCACUUUAUAGUCCACAGCAAAUUCUUUGGCUGCAGCAUAUGUAUGCUCGCCAGUAUUACAUGCAGUACCAUGCAGCAAUGGCAGCUACUGCCUCCUCUCCUGUGCCGCCUUCUACUUCACUCCCCAUCGCUCCGCAGCAAGCCGCCGUACCUGCGGCUUUACCCAAUCAGGCCCCAAUUGACAACCUGCCAGCCAAUCAAAAUGCACCGGACCCUGCCUUCAUCAACCCAGAAGGGGCCAAUCAAAAUAUGCGGAUGAAUGCCCAGGGCGGGGCAGUGGUGGAGGACGAGGAUGACGUGGAGCGGGAUUGGUUGGACUGGGUGUACACCGCCUCUCGCUUUGCAGUGUUUCUGAGCAUCGUCUACUUCUAUUCCAGUCUAAGCCGUUUCAUCUUGGUGAUGGCCAGUCUGCUUCUCAUGUAUUUGCACACUGCAGGCUGGUUCCCAUUCAGACGCAGAGCUCAGCCCCGCCUUCCAAACCAACCAGCAGCAGAGGUCAUUCAGAACCAGCAGAAUCAGAACCAAGACAGACAACCACAGGUGGUGCCCCCUGCUGAAGUGGAAGAUGGUGAGAUAGAGGAGGAAGCUGUCCAAGCUCCACCCAUGAUCGCAGUCCCCGUGUCAGCAGUUCGACCCCCGAUUCUCUGGACAGCCUGGGUCUUCUUCAAAGCAUUCUUCGCCUCUUUGAUCCCUGAGGCUCCAGGAGCAAUAGCUAACUGAAUGUGGACGGACUCGUAUGAGAUUUGCACCAAGCAACUUUGCUUCAUUUCUAAGGGAGCAUUAUGAACAAACAGAUGAUCUGUAAUUCCUGGGCUUUGCUUAGUGAAGCUUCAGGUUGGCCUGUACAGAACUUCUAGACUGUUUGGUACUGUGACCAAAAACAUUAUUGCUUCCCAUGGCCCUAGUGCCUUUGUAUAUAGUGUAAAUGUGCUGGGUUUGCUUAUCAAUGUUUCUGUACAGUUUUUGCACAGCACUUUACAUCUUCAAGCAGCGUUAGUCUCUCGGUCAGACCAUGUGGUCAUUUGUCAUCAGGGCUUGAUUCAUCCAGGGAUUCUCAUUAAAACCUAAACAUGACAGAUACUGAGGCCAUGAAUGAUUUCUUUGUGUCCAAAUGCCCUUUAUGACCGACAAUGCCUGUGUCUGGCAGUAUCAGAUUCAGAGGGUUGUACCUUGUUUUUGUGUUAACAAUAAAUUAUGUUCAAUUUAUCUUGCACUUGUGAAGUACGUUUAAGUUCAAGGUAAAUAUGGGUCGAAGCACAGUAAGCACCUGGUUCACUUAAAUUCAAAAGGUUACAAUUUAUAUACAUAUAUGCAAUCAAAUAGGUUGCAUGUGUGGCUUGUUAAUUAUGUUGCUUGUUAUUAUUCUUGCAGAAUAUUUAUUUAAUGGACAUAAAAGCUGCAAAACACUUAACAGUUAUACAUUUUCUUUAUCUUGCUUUUUUAAAUAAUGUGGCACUAGCAAGCUGGCUGGGCACAGGCAAACUAAAUUGGCAUAAAAAUCAACAGGAGUUCAAAAACAUGUUUCUGUAUGUCUGCAAGUUAAAAGAAUCAGUUACAAUUACCUUACCCAUAUUUCAGUAGGUGGGUAAAGGGGUAUGUAAUUUAUUCUAAUUGUAUUGGCCUUUGAUUGGUUAAAAAUUAUAAUCAGUUUAUAAAAAUUCACUAUUUAUGUGGAACUAAAUGGGCUUUUCAGUUGUGCAAAUUGUGUAUCAGAUUAGUCCCCAAUCUUGUAGACUUAUACCAGCAAACAUGCAAAAGAGACAUUUAAGGUUCAUUUCUCAAGUAGUAAAGUAUAAAGAAGUCUAGGUUCAUUCAAAAAUAAACAAAGUAGGUUAUGUGAGCUGGUAUGUACGACGAGCGGAUCAGGGACCUGAAAGUAAACUAGGAUCACUUUUUCAAUAAAACUAAUCAAUGAAGCCUUUAAUAUAUUAUCUGCUUACGAACCAUGUAACUUUGUAUAAAGAUGAAAAUAAACUCUUUUGAAACUA